UGAGUUGAGCAGCUGUACACCUUCUGCUGUGUGGAAGAGUUUGGUCGUGUAUUCAUGUCCCGAAGUCUGAAUAAUUUUUAAUUAUUAUCAAUACUUUUCUAGUUUAUCUUUAUCUUUCGAUGAUUUGGAUUUGGAAGUAUUGUGGUUAAGGAACAGAAAGCCAAAAAGGAAUACUAAGUACAGCAUUGAGAAGGGUCUAAACAUUUGUGAAGUUAUGGUUAUGGUUUCUAGUUAUAGUGAUCUGAUCUAAGUCACACCGCAGGCCCGAACUGAUGAAGAAGAAAUGGCACCUAAAAAGAAACCUAACCGAACGAGUAAUAACCACCAGCCUUCGGAACCAGGCCUUGUGUCUCAAACAAAUUUAGACAAUGAAAACCCUGAUUCAUGCAAGAACCAUAAGUUAAAUGGUCAUUUUUCUACUGGGAAGCAGAUUGUUGAAGAAAAUGGUGUUCAUAUUAAUGGAUGCAACGGAACUCAUUUGUCAGAUUCUAGUGAGAGUUCAAGUUCCAAUAUUCACACAUCUAGUCCAGAAGAAUGUACUAAUUUGGAUCCCAGUUCGACUGAAGUGAUUGGUGCCUCCUUGAAGCGAUUGACAGUUGGGAGUGGUCCCAGUGAUCCCCCAAGUGAGGACAGUGGUGAGAAUGUUACUAAGAACUCAUCAACCAGUACACUGGUUAAGAAAGUGACUUAUGUACAAUAUCAGUCUGAGCUUCAAAUGCCUGACAUUAUGAGGCUUAUACAGAAGGAUUUGUCAGAGCCUUAUUCUAUAUACACUUACCGCUAUUUCAUACACAACUGGCCCAUGUUAUGUUUCCUAGCAAUGUAUGGAGAAAAAUGUGUUGGAGCAAUUGUCUGCAAACUGGACGUCCAUAAGAAAGUUGUCCGGCGAGGUUAUAUCGCUAUGUUGGCCGUGGAUGAAAAGUACCGACAAGAAAAGAUAGGAUCCAAUUUAGUUAUGAAAGCUAUUGCUGCCAUGGUUGCUGACGGAGCUGAUGAAGUUGUUUUGGAAACAGAAAUUACAAACGAACCUGCACUACGUCUGUACGAAAAUUUAGGCUUCGUUCGCGAUAAGAGACUUUUUCGGUACUAUUUAAAUGGUGUGGACGCUUUACGUUUAAAAUUAUGGCUUAGGUAAAGAGUAACACAUCAUACUGUCCUCACAUUGAAAGCCUUGCCCGUAUUGACGUGUUCUCAUUAAAGGGUUUAGUUUAUUCUAUCUAUCCCGGUUCAGUCUUUCCCUACCCUUUUCUGUCAAUCAUUUCUUGUUUGUUUUUUAAUAGAAUUGUCCUACGAACUUCUUUCCCUUAGCUGGGAAACUUUCACGGCUAGUCUUGGUUGUUUACCUUACCCCAUUCUUUAUCCCUCUCGGAACUUGUUUCUUCGGAAGCUUCUGUCCGCGCCAGUACUUUUUCAGUUGUCUCACUUCACCAAUUUCGGUUUUAAAGCACCGGAGAUCGUCUCUUUGGAAACCAAUACAGCACAGAUGCUGAACGACCUUCACACAAUUGUUUCGCGAGUUUGUACAUAAAUGACGGGUUUCUUUUAUAGCCCCGUGUGGUCUUGCAGCCUUGUAUUAUCGUGCAGCCAUAUUUCUUCUCAAUGAAAGUAAUUGGCUAAUACUUGAAUUUUCUAAGCCGCGUCCAUGCUUUUCUCUGAAAAAAACAAAACACAAAAGCUGACUGGUUCCUUCAAUAGUGUGCUUUCCUCCCCCCCUUUUUUUGUUUUCCCCAUCUUCAGGAGUAAAAAGCCCACUACCCAAUUGGAAUAAUCAUCCUUCAAACUGGCAGUUUGUUUAUACCGCGUUUGAUGUGCAAGUGAAAUACACCAUUCGUACGAAGAGAACAUUA